AUGAGUAUGGAUGACGAGGGAGGUGCAUUCCGAGAGGGGGAGGUCGUGGAGGGCUUUUUAUACCCCUCCAUCGGAGUCAAUUGGAGGUGUCCGGAAUGGCCUCAUGCCAGACGUGAGGGGCUAGGGAGGCCGCGGAAGAAAGCAAGGCGAGUGUCCUCCAGUGACGGCAGCUUGCGAGAGCCCACGUGCCCAGCAUCCAAAAGCAACAGGGCUGAGGCCAAGUCCUGGUGGACCCCGCGGAUUCGAAUCACACACCGGGACAAGAGGCGUGGCGCCGGACAGCUUCCCCAUUGGACGGACUUGACGGUGGAGCGGCCACAGGCACAGCCGCGGGUUGGUCAAUGGCAGCAGCUUAAUCCGUUAGCGUAUGUCGGCGGCAGAGAUGAGGGGAAGCUCAACCGCGCUUAUCUCCGGGGUUGCUGCAGUUAUCUUCCCACUUCCCUUCCCAUUGUCUCGCAUUCGUGCCUUACAAUGGUGACGGAGUCUGGCACUCGUGGCGCAGACGUGGUAAUCCAUGCAAGCCAGCGAUGGAACUGCAAUAGAUCGGACUUGAAUGCGGGUGACAGCUCGGUAGCCGCGGCUGCCCGGCCGGCAAUGGCCGUCCUUAAGCUUCCUUGGCCAAAGCUUGGUCGCGAGCCAAGGCGCCAGUCCUUCCGCCACGCAGCCAUGCCACUGGCACACAGUUCCUCUCAUGGGUCGCUCGCAUGCAAGGAACAGAAACCUGGACAGGUCUAG